AGAGUCGCUUCUUUAAAACCGGGUCCAGUGAGAGAAUUUAGUACCACGGUGACACCUCUGCCUCCUAACGCCUUCCGGAUUUCAUGCUCAUAUUCAGUUGUCCUCGAGUUGAAAACUAUAAUAUAAAAGACAAGCAAUAAUAUUCUAAAUACUCUCCUUUUGUACAGCUGGUUUACAAUUUGAUGGUGGUCAGUGUGUUCAAAGUAAAGACAAGGAAUAAAUGAUCUUCCCUCCUCUUAUAUACCUGUCUUGUUCCGAGUCUUCUUUCCAAUUAAAAAAGUGCAAAUAAAAAUAAUAGUGGUAGUGCUGUUUACUCUUUCCAAUAACAAAAUAUUGCGUCAGUUAUAGAUUUAGGUAGUUUAGUUAGUUUUGUAGGUAGACUAGUUUUAGUUUUGUACGUGGAUUUAAAAUAAUCCAACCUAAUUUAAUAAACCGGAGAAAGUUGACGUAUUGAUCGAUUUGGAAACUAGAAAAUGCCACCAAAAAUGAUGAAAGAUGAAGGGGAUGAGAGUGGUUCUUUUACGGAUGAUGAUGAUAGUGACACGAGUGAAAAUGAUGACAAUGAGACCCCAAUAAAAAGAGCCCGAUUGUCGUCAAAAUCUGCAAAUUCGUCAGGAUAUGAAUCCUCAACACCACACAGAGUGACACGGUCCAUGAAAACUGGGGGUGGUACGAGCUCUGCUGCAGCAAGAAGGGAGUUAAGAGUGUUUGAUGAUGAACUGAACUCUCCUCCACCAAAUUCUGAGGAGGAGGAGGAGGAUGACAACACCUCCAUCCCCACCCACUCUGCGGUGAAAGUGAAAGUUUUGAAAAAGUCGGUUCCUCCACCCACUGAAACGGCCCGUAAACGUCUAAAGAAGAGAUCUGCAGAGAGUGACGAAGAUGAAGACAAAUUGCCAAUCCUCGACCCCAACCUUGAAGCUUCCAUCAGAUCGAGAGCUGAAAAGAGGUGGUUGGCAGCCGAACCUUUAGGAAAUGAGGUUGAGUUAAAGCAGUUUGGGAAGAAACUUUUUUCUCUGGAUUCCUAUCGAAACAAUGCUAUAUAUAAAGCAAGGUACAUCAGGACCGGUGGGAGCAAAGAAAAACAGAAGGAACACGAUUCCAAAAGAUACCAUAAAGCGAAAAAAGACAAAAAGUUUUAUUGUGAUGCUUGCGAUACAAGUUUUGGAAACCUCCGUGGCCUAGAUGCACACAUUGCUGCAAUACACGGCACCGACGUUAUUCCAAAAAAUAUAGUCACUCACGGCCAAGUUAACCCUUUGAAGAUUGCCAGAAUCACACGACUCCCUGCCAUUGCAUCAACAGAGGAAAAUGAUGAUGAAGCAGAAGAAACGAAGGAAACAUUUGACCUUUUAGAUGCCCACCUUACUCACAUCAAGCACUACUACAAUUUCUACAUGAUUGUCGGACUAGACGUGCCCAUCCUGCAGGGAAAAAUUAAUGCAACCGUUUCCGAAUGGGAUCUCCUUAUCAAGUAUCCCUUGAAAUCUACACAAGAACUAGUCCUUUGGUUUCCCAUCCUCCAAAAAUAUCUCCCAGAAAUCGAGAUCUAUAUGGGAACAGUUCAAGGACGAAACAAUGUUUGUCCGGGGAUGAUGAAGAAGGUUUUUCCCGAGUGGCAUGCGAAGGGGAAGAUUUUGUUCAUUAUUGGAUUGAAGAGUUGGUCACACGCCAACCCUGCAUUAUUAAGGGACUUUGCGUUGACUUAUGAGUCAGUAGCUAUUUCGAUCAUGCAGAUGAGAGAGAAUCUGAUGGUGAAACCUUCCCAUGGUCACUACAAAUUAGUUAACCAGCAGAGCGUCACAAAGCCACUCGUCAACAAUUUGACAGGGAGUGUGGAUGAUGAGGAUGAGGAAGAAGAGAAAGUCGUGCUUAAUCCAGAAAUUAAGCAACACAUUCGCUAUGUAGCAAGACGACCAGCCCUCUUCCCACCUAUCUACUUUUCACCUCCACUCCUCCCACCUGAACUGCAUCACCCUGAGUGGUUCCAUGGACUUACGCCGUUAGCAGACAUUAAGCGUAUCUAUUUUAAGUCAUGCAAGGAGAAGUCUUGCAGUGUUUGUGUAGAAUAUCCAUGAAACUCCAUGCUUUUUUAUGAACUUUCUUUUAUAUUUGUUCAAUAAUUUGUUAAUAAAACUAUUGUUA